CAGACAUCUUUGCCAGUAACCAUCCCAUUCAUUCCAUCAACCCUACCUAGCCUUGUUUUUACCCGCGAAUCAAAGUGGGCCUACGGUACCUGACAGCAUUAAGCCUAGUCCUGAAGGCAACCUUUGGGUGCUCUGGACCACAGGUGCACGUUGCUCCCAGGGAAGUUUCUUUGAGAAUAAUCAGAUUUCGAUUACAAGACUCAUGAUUACUCUCCACCAUACUCUUCUUCGUCCGCACGAUUCUCACCAAAGCUUCACGGUGGACUUCUUUCCUCACUGCCGGACAGUGCCUCUUCCAGUAUGGGCACGCCACACCGGGGACUCCCUCCGCCCUCGGCGAUGACGCUGCCAGAUCCUGGGCGUGGACCACCUCCAAUUUCAUCUUCUCUAGGCUCGUUACCCCCGGCACCUUCGCAGUAUCAAAGUGGCGAAGAUGGUAUGAGGAAUUGGCUAGCAGCCAAAGCUGAAGAAGACAAGAGGAAGCAAGAGGAAGAGAAGACUCGCCAGGAGAGCCUGCGCCUUGAGCAAAGGAAGAUCGAACAGUCGAUGCUACGAGAGUCAAUGCAAGGUGGCAUCCCGCCACAGCUUGUGCCCAUGAUAUUUGCUGGCCUGGGUGGGGGAACGUUGGCGAGCUUAAGUGCGGAGUGGCUCCAGCAAUACACAGCUCAGUUGCAGCAACAGCAGCAGCAACAGCAGCAGCAGCAACCUCCUCAGCAGCUCCAACAAUCACCAGACGCCCGUCGUGACCAGAGACUAAUCGGCCAGGUCCAGUCUGGUGCGUAUGGAGCAGUACCUCCAACACCGCAGGCCGUUUUACCACCCACCUCAGUGCUUCCUGGCCAGCCUUUACCACCUCAACCGCAACAUGCUGCAUUUUCUACCAAUUCCUACGCUAGCAGUGGCACAUUGUCUCCAAGGGCAAGAGCCGCACAAACUACAGGCCAUCCUCCAGUUGCCACUUCGAAUGUACAACAAGUCCAGAGCCAAUCCACGCAACAGGAACAGGCAUCCCCGUCGAUAUAUUUCCACCACUGGGUCCCGCCAUCUUCACAAGGAGAAAAGAGCUCCAGUGGGAAUCCACCUCCGACACCAUCAGGUAAAUACAAAGCCUCGCCUUCGUCCACCACCCGUCAACGUGCGCUCUCUCAUGCGUCUGACCUAGAAUAUACCAGCUCCCCAAAGAAGCGGAAAAACCAGAGUGGCCACCCACCACCACCGCCGCCAACGUCGGCACCUCAGCCCUACACAUCACCAUCUUUCUCACACAUAUCGACGUCUUCCACGUCAACGCCAGGAGGUCGGGGAGGGCACGCCAGAGCCCGUUCCGACGCAUCUACGAGAGGGGCGGAUAGCGGUUCUUUGAGUCGACGAGGAACGAUCUCAAGUCAUGGACAUAGCGAGUCGAGCGCACAACAAACCGAUGGACCAGAACACCGUUAUCAGGCCAUGCGUGGACACGAAAGCCAGCAACAUCAAUAUCCUCCUCCACCACCAUCACACGAGCAGAGUGAAGCACGUGAAUAUCGACAACGAGCGCAUACAACAUCGAGCAUGCCGAUUCAAACUGAAACGCAUCAACCUGGGCCGCGCCAGCAGUUGGCUAGCCAUGACCGGGGGUCUGUGCCAACAUCACCUAAACGGGAAGUCGGCGGGCAGUAAGAUUGAUGAUGGGGUUUCAGCAUGAUGACCGAAUUCGGGGGGAGGCUUUCGGGACGCUGGAUUGAGCAAAGCGGUUACUGUAGCGGCAACGGCCGUCACACACAUGGCUGCAGUUCCAUCCCCUCGACCUAGCCCGGUUCGCACGUUAUUCUCGAGGAACGCCACGUUCCGAGUUGGAUUCGCCAGAUAAUACCAGCGCCAGAUGGGAGACAGGCAUUGCAACUUG